AUGCCUGAGAACAUCUCCUACGCCAACUGCUGCGAGGCGGGCGAGCUGGCCAUGCGCCCGGACUGGCCGGGGACGGGCCGCGCGCGGCCCUCGGGGACCGCCCGUCCUCUCUGGGAGGCGCCCGCGCUGUCUACCGUGCUCAUCGUCACUACCGCGGUGGACGUUGUGGGCAACCUCCUGGUCAUCCUCUCCGUGCUCAGGAACCGCAAGCUCCGGAACGCAGGUAAUCUGUUCUUGGUGAGCCUGGCAUCAGCUGACCUGGUGGUGGCCUUGUACCCCUACCCGCUAAUCCUCGUGGCCAUCUUCCAUGACGGCUGGGCCCUGGGGGAGGUGCACUGCAAGGCCAGUGGCUUCGUGCUGGGCCUGAGUGUCAUUGGCUCUGUCUUCAACAUCACUGCCAUCGCCAUUAACCGCUACUGCUACAUCUGUCACAGCAUGGCCUACCACCGGAUCUACCGGCACUGGCACACCGCCGUCUACAUCUGCCUCAUCUGGCUGCUCACUCUGGUGGCCUUGGUGCCCAACUUUUUCGUGGGGUCCCUGGAGUACGACCCACGCGUCUACUCCUGCACCUUCAUCCAGACGGCCAGCACACAGUACACAGUGGCAGUGGUAGUCGUUCACUUCCUCCUCCCCAUUGCUGUCGUGUCCUUCUGCUACCUGCGCAUCUGGGUGCUGGUGCUCCGGUCCCACAGGAAGGCCAAGCUGGAGCCCAAGCUGCGCCUGAGGCCCAGCAAUGUCCGGAGCUUCCUAACCAUGUUCGUGGUGUUUGUGAUCUUCGCUAUCUGCUGGGCCCCGCUGAACUGCAUUGGCCUUGCGGUGGCCAUCGACCCAGAAGGAAUAGCUCCCCAGGUCCCGGAGGGGCUCUUCAUCACCAGCUACUACCUGGCUUACUUCAACAGCUGCCUUAAUGCCAUAGUCUACGGGCUCCUGAACCAGAACUUCCGUAGGGAAUACAAGAAGAUUGUCUCAGCCCUCUGGAACCCUGGGCGCUGCUUCCGGGAUGCUUCCAAGGGCAGCCAGUCCACAGGGCCUCAGAGCCAAACUCCACCUGUCGUUAAUGCCCAGCAUCCUGUCCAGGUUUUGGUGAUGAUCCAGGAACCAAGAGAAUGAAAGGGUACAGAGAAAACCCAGGAUACUGGGGCCAUCUGUGUGCUCAUGUGGAAUGGCCUCA